AUGCUGAAUUUCAAAUUUCUUGCCUUAUUAUUCGCGUUAUUGUCUAUUGUCUUUGCUACCGAAGGCGAUAAGCUCAGAAUUGGUGUGACCAAAAAAGUUGAAAAUUGCUCCAGAAAGACCAAGAAUGGCGAUAUCGUCAAGGUUCAUUAUACUGGGUCAUUGAAAGAUACUGGUGCUGUCUUUGAUAGCUCUUUGAACCGUGGUAUUCCAUUCGAAUUCAAAUUAGGUGCUGGAAAUGUAAUUAAGGGUUGGGAUCAAGGUUUAUUGGGGAUGUGUAUCGGUGAACAAAGAAAGUUGACUAUUCCUCCAGAACUUGGCUAUGGUAGCAGAGGUGCUGGUGGUGUUAUUCCUCCAGACGCCACCUUGGUCUUCAAGACUGAAUUGGUUGGAAUCGACGGUUACGAACCUGAGGAUCAUAAAGACGAAUUAUGA